CAACCUUCUUGCAACCAUACUCAAGCCCAACCAACUAUUGAGACUAGCUUACAGUGGCAUAAACAGGAUCAGAUUGUAAGGAAAGUGCACUGCCUUUCCCGCUUGGAAAAGAAUAGAAGGGUUCGCACAGUCAACCCCCGUCUCUUAUCCGCUCUCUGACAAAAAGGCCAAAAAUUUGAAGUGACUCAAACCCCUUCCGCAUAAAUCCUCUUUCUUUCGUUUCUUCCAAGGAAGAGGACGGUAAUUCAACGGUUUCUUCGUCAAUAUGUCAGGUCUCGACGUUGAAGCCCUCCUUGAGUCGACAGCUGCUCCUGCUCCCCAGGAGACGUCAAAGUCCCAGGAUCGCGACGAUCGUUCCAGAGCAGACCCCGAUGAGCUCCGUGAUCGUGACCGUGACCGCUUGCGAGAUCGAGAACGAGAACGCAGACGACGAGACCGCAGCCGUAGUCGACGACGUGAACGAGAUGCCGAUGGAGAUGAGGAUAUGAGAAGCGAACAUGGCAGUGCUAACGGAAGCCAUAGAAGCAGAAGGAGAAGCCGGAGCCACGACAGUGAUCGGCAUCGUUCUCGUCGUGAUCGUUACGGUGGUGAUUAUUACCGAGGAGGUGGCCGCGCUCGAACACGUUCUCGGUCUCCGUAUGAUGACCGCUACUACCGCCCCUCGGGACGUUCACGUCGGGAUUCUCGAGAUGAUGAUAAACGUCACCGCCGCGACAGGGAUGGCCGCAAAUGUAGCCCUACUCGCAGUAAAACACCUGAACCUACUGAGGACGAACGUGAUAGACGUACCAUCUUUGUGCAACAGCUUGCUGCGCGAUUGAGGACGAAAGAGCUGAUUGCCUUUUUUGAAAAGGUUGGACCGGUCAAAGAAGCUCAGAUCGUUAAGGACCGUGUUAGUGGACGAUCUAAAGGUGUUGGUUAUGUCGAAUUCAAAAGCGAAGAAUCCGUCCCUGCUGCUAUCCAGCUUACCGGACAGACGCUUUUAGGAAUCCCGAUUAUCGCUCAGUUAACUGAAGCCGAAAAGAAUCGGCAAGCUCGCAAUUCCGAGGCCAACGCCACUAAUCACCACCACACCUCAGCGCCAUUUCACAGGUUGUAUGUUGGUAACAUCCAUUUCAGCAUAACUGAAAAUGAACUCCAGAAUGUUUUUGAACCGUUUGGCGAACUCGAAUUCGUCCAGCUGCAAAAGGAUGAAAACGGCAGAAGUCGGGGAUAUGGAUUUGUCCAGUUCCGAGACCCUAACCAAGCCCGAGAAGCGCUAGAGAAGAUGAAUGGAUUGGAUCUUGCUGGUCGUGCGAUUCGCGUUGGCCUUGGCAACGAUAAGUUUACCCCGGAUUCGGCUGCGCAACGUGCGCAGGGCCAAGGCGCGAACCAACAUAACUUCCAGGGCUCUUCAUUCUCCGGUCAUGGAGGUCGUGGCAUUCAAGCUGGUGGUACUAGCAAUUUUGACCGCGCUGGCGGCAGAGACCCUGAUAAGGGUGCUUCAGGUGCAAGUGCCUUGGAUGAUACGGAUGUUGCCGGUGUGAAUUUCAACAAUUACAGUAGAGACGCAUUGAUGAGGAAGCUUGCCAGAACAGAUGAACCUGCCGAGCCUUCUAUCGAUGAUAAACAGAAGAUUCUCAGGCCCAAAACCGAAGCCAAGCCACUGCCAGUCAAUGUCAACAUGGCAAGUCGAUGUGUCUUGCUUCGCAAUAUGUUUGAUCCUACUGAAGAAGAAGGUGAAAAUUGGGUUAAGGAGCUGGAGGAUGACGUCCGCGCUGAGUGUGAAGACAAAUAUGGCCAUGUUGUUCACAUUGCGCUAGAUCCGAACUCCCAAGGUGAUAUCUACUUGAAGUUUGACCGUGUCCAGGGUGGGGAGAAUGCCAUCAAGGGUCUGAACGGCCGUUUCUUCGGUGGUAGACAGAUCACCGCCCAACCAGUCGUCGACGCCGUAUACAGCAGUCUCUUCUCUCGAACGAAGGCGAUCUAGUUGUUUCCACCCAAGACAACUCUUACCAAAGAAAUUGCAAGAGUAUUGAUCUAAUGAGUCAUUAGGCACUACUCGCUACGGCAGAUCACACUUGAAAUCCUUGAAAAGAUCCGUUUUCUUUUGCUCGGACUCGGAGCUUGGAUGACUGCCCCUGGUAGGUGCCAAUCCUCUCAAAACAUGCCGAUUCAUAUGGAGCCCAGCAUGUGCCGAAAGGCCAGAUGUGAAAUGAUUUGUCUAUAGGACCCCUUCGUCUUUUAAAGGCCUUUCAGAGAUCGUCAUAUAUUCUUGCUUUGUUCUCAUACCCUAUCAUAUUAGACCCCGUGCCUUUCCGUACCUAUAUGCAACUCGAGUUAGCUAGAAUUGUCAACGCAGUCUCAAAGUCUUUUUGCUUGUCCAC